ACGCGCUUUACUGGCAUGUGUAAAGUGAUUGCUCUUUUACUUCGCUUUUCAGCCAAUCAAAGUAAAUGAGCGAUUACUUAGGAUAAAGCAACUUGGUACACACAUCAACACAGACACAGAAAAGACACGUACAGUCUGACCUAUAAUUAAAUCUACGGUGCAAUUUUAGAGAUUAAAAUCAUUCGUUGUUGUCUGCUACACCACUUUGGGAUGUGAAUAAGUUAUCCUGUGAAUGUGUUUACGUGCAUUGUGGAGAGGUGUGUUCGGAACUCGCAACAGGGAUGAUGAAAGGACCUUGGUGAAUGAGGAAAUAAGUUUUCGUUUCUAAAUUGGUUGCCAGGUCCCAUCAUCUACUGCACGGCUCUGCUGUGUGCUGCUGUUUUAUAUAUUACCCCUCUCUGUCUCUGCUGCGCCUGUGCUGUUGUGACAAACACUGGUCACUUGGAAGUGGUGAAGACUAAACCGUUCAAGUUUAUUUGAGUAAAAGGUUUGAAACUUUCCAACAUAGAACGAGCAAGUCAAUCUAGCCAAAGUGACCGAUUCUUUUUUACCAAUUUCUUCUGAAGUUCUUCCAAACUAGCUCAUCAGUUUUUGUUACCAUCCGAACUCGGAAGAGUUCCAGACAAAAAGCAUAAACAAAAGAAGAGGAGACAAGAAAAUGGGAAGUUUGGUUUCAAAGAAGAAGCAGACGCCACCAACAGAAGAAGCUCAGCAGCCUCCUCAAGAAACGCCUGCUGCCAAAACCCAACCUCCAGCAAGUCCAGAGACACAACCUCCAGAAGAGGUGGAGGCCCAACCUCCAAAGGCAGAGGCAGAGGCUGAUGCUGAGAAACCCAAAGAAUCACCCCCAACGUCACCUCCGACAGCUGAGGGGAAAGAGGAUUCAAAACCCGCCUCAAAUGUUUCGACUCCAGUGAAGAUUCCUGAAAUAACAGUAGAUACCUCACCACCGGUAGAUGGCAGUGCGGAUGAAGAAGAGCCACCAACAGUUACGCCGAUUGCCGUUGCAUUAAAGUGUGCAGUACAACAGUACGCCUGGGGUCGUAUCGGAGAGGACAGCGAGGUCGCAACCUUGACCCAAGCAAGUGACCCCGACUUCCAACUCAGAGCAGAUGAGCCUUACGCAGAGCUUUGGAUGGGAACUCACGGCAAGGGUCCGUCCAUCGUAGUCGGCGAAGACUCCAAACCACUCAAGGAUUGGAUCCAAGCUAAUCCAGACUGCCUUGGUGAUAAGGUCAGGUCAAAGUUCAAUGCUCAGCUGCCAUUUCUCUUCAAGGUGUUGUCUGUGAACAAAGCGUUGUCCAUUCAGGCCCAUCCUCACAAGGAAUUAGCUGAAACACUUCGUGCCGAGCAUCCAGAGAACUACCCAGACGACAAUCAUAAACCUGAGAUGGCGAUCGCUCUGACAGCAUUCGAAGGUCUAAAUGGAUUCAGACCGCUCACUGAAAUUGAUGAGUUCUUGAAGACUGUUCCAGAAUUCCGAGCCGUUGUUGGUGAAGAUAACGCAGCGAAGUUGACAGCCGAGUUAGAAACAGGAGGAAAUGAUGGGAAGAGCGUCUUGAAGGAGUGCUUUACUGGACUGAUGACGAGAGAAGCUGAGGUCAUCAAAACACAGCUUGACCUCCUUGUAAAGAGACUAGAAGCUCAAGAAUCAGAGUCGAGCCAUCGAGAGUUACUCCUUCGUCUGAACUCUCAAUUCCCCGGUGAUGUUGGAUGCUUCUGUAGUUAUUUCCUGAAUCAUAUCAUCUUACAGCCAGGGGAGGCAAUGUUUCUUGGCCCCAAUGAACCACAUGCUUAUCUCAGUGGCAAUUGCAUGGAGUGUAUGGCUUGUUCAGAUAACGUUGUCCGUGCUGGACUCACCCCUAAAUUCAAAGACGUGGAGAACCUUUGUAAGAUGCUAACCUACAUCUCGAGCCCAGCCCAAGACAAACUCUUCCCCAGUGUGACAGACCCAGGGGAUUCUUGCGUCACUGUGUAUGACCCACCGGUGCCUGAUUUUGCUGUGGCUAGAAUUAAGGUUUCAGAGGGAGUAGAGUCAUACGCAGUAACAGCCUACGACAGCGCAAGCAUCCUCAUCACAAUCAGUGGCCAAGCUGAGGCGUCACACCCCUCCUUUGGAAAUGGUAAAACCCUGACUCUGAAAAAGGGUUCGGUCACUUUCUUAUCAGCCAAUCACAGCCUUCCUCUCAAACUUGAAAAAUCUGAAGGAUUUCUGUCCUUCAGAGCUUACUGCCCAUUGGCUUAAAGAACUGCAUUAUUUAAAUCUUAAAACAAAAAUAUUGGAGCUUCCUUUGUGAUGGCAGGUGGCGGCAGUUGGUACUAAAUCAGGGCUUGAAUUUUGCACUGGACUCUAGGCCUGAGGCCUGUCAUUUAAGCGUCAGGCCAGUAAACUCAUUAAAGUACAAGGUCAGUGGUCUUUUUUUUUCUUUUUUUUUCAGUGAAUAGAAAGUACUUCACUGUGUAAAUUCAUUAAUUAUAAAAUAAAAUUUGUAAAAAAAAACUCUGCUCUGGUGCUUGUUAAAAUAAACGCAGUUCAUUGUAGUAUUGUCUAAUUUUGAUUCUGGUGUUUUAAAAAGAAUUCAUGUCCAGUAAAAAUGCUGAUUUCCACCUGUCUAAUUUUGAUGUAUUUUCGUCCAAAUAGGAGACCUGGUAAAUGAUUAUUCUUCCUCCAUGAUUGUAGGAAUGAAUACGCUCCAGAGAUGAAAACUAACCUAUCACUUUUGUACUUGUGUAAUAAAACGCUAAAUCUCUUAUAGUGUUCUGUACAAGAACUGUAUUGAAUCCAUCAAAAUACUCCAUCUUAUGGUAAAGUACACCUGAUCUUUCUACUUUCAAACACAACCUCAAGUCUCAUCUGUUUAAUUUGUCAGCUGACUAGCUUCCGGCGCCUUUGAAUGGAUCUAUUCCAGAUACUGCGCGCCUUAUAAAUUUUAUGUUAUUAUUAUUAUUAAAAUAACAACGGAGCUCGUUUGAAGAUUUUCAGUUUCACCAAUCAUGCAUUAAAAAAAAAAAACUUACCCAAAAAAUAUUCUCAUGUUAGAUGGACUUUUGUGCCUACGGGACGACCUUUACAUUU